CGCUAAAUUGGGUAACUUAGAAAGGGAGAGCAGAAUCCUUCUCUUAAAGAGAGAGCAGGAAUUUCUGUGUCUCUCAGCUUUCAAUCAACAUGGGUGGUUUGCUAACAUGCCAUCAGUGUUCCACACGCAUGGAGAGUCUAAAGGACCACAGUUUCUGGGACUUCAGUAGGACAUGGGUGAGAAAGUACUUUUGGUUCAUCCUUGUCACUUUCAUUGUACUUAUUUUAUGGAUCAUUCUCUACUCAUGGGCCCCACCAGAGCCAGGCACGAUAUGCCCUAAAGACCAAGCCAAUUUGCUUCACAACAUCUCCCAAAUGGAGGCAGAAAAAGUGACUCUGAGGAAGCAACUGAUCGAGAUGGAAAAGGAGAUGCAGAAGCUCAGGAAUGUUACGAAUGGGACUCAAGAAAAGACUUUGCAACUUUUGGAAAAGAAGCAAGAAGAAGUGGAUGCCCUGAGCAAGGAAUUAUUGGGGUUCAAUCAAUCCCUUGUACUAACCAGACAGCUCCUGGAGAAGGAAAAGGAGAAAGGCCAAAAUUUGCAGAGUAAAUUGCAGAGUACAAAGGAGAUUCAGCAGCAGAGAGAUUCCUGCCAGAAAGAGCUGGCCCCACCAGAGCCAGGCAGGAUAUGCCCUAAAGACCAAGCCAAUUUGCUUCACAACAUCUCCCAAAUGGAGGCAGAAAAAGUGACUCUGAGGAAGCAACUGAUCGAGAUGGAAAAGGAGAUGCAGAAGCUCAGGAAUGUUACGAACCGGACUCAAGAAAAGACUUUGCAACUUUUGGAAAAGAAGCAAGAAGAAGUGGAUGCCCUGAGCAAGGAAUUAUUGGGGUUCAAUCAAUCCCUUGUACUAACCAGACAGCUCCUGGAGAAGGAAAAGGAGAAAGGCCAAAAUUUGCAGAGUAAAUUGCAGAGUACAAAGGAGAUUCAGCAGCAGAGAGAUUCCUGCCAGAAAGAGCUGAACACGUUGGAAGAAAAACUCAAAUCUCCAGAUAGUAAAGCUGAAGAAUACAAAGGUAAAGUAGCAGAUCUUCAGAGGCAGCUAGAACAAGAACAGAAAAAUCGAGACUUUGAUAAACGUGAAAGAGCGUCGGACCAGAAGAGAAUCAGGGAAUUAAACGAUCAAAUUGACAACAAAAAUUAUGAUAAUUUCCUGGCCUGCGCAAUUGGGAUUUUUUUCAUUUCCUUCAGCUGUUGCUUCUGUGCCGGAUUUUGGAAGCUAGUGAAGUAGCAUUGCCGUUCAAGAAGUCCUGGGAUCAAUGGCGGCAGCUUAAAAACAAAGUACUGCGGCAGGAAAGGAAACAUUACUCCUUCUUACUUGCCCAUUUAAAAUAUAAAUGUCUUUGUUAAGCACUGGGUUUGUUUCCCAA